AUGGCGGAAAACGAGGGACCAGUAACCGUUGACAAUUUGCCGAUAUGCUUUCAAGUUAAAUACUUGGGCCAGAGCGAUGCGCGAGGGUUAUGGGGAAUCAAACACACAAGGAAACCUGUCGACUUGAUGGUAGCUGCCGCUAAAGCUUUGCCUCCAGGACAGAUCCUUCCAUUAGUGAAACUUAUGAUCACUGUCGACGGUGUACACCUGGAGACAGUGAACUACGGCACGAAGAGGGAUGAGUUCGAGCACAUGUCGGUCUUCUUCAACAUCGAGUCCAUCUCCUAUGGUGUGCAAGACCUCGUGUACACCAGGGUGUUCUCCAUGAUCAUUGUGAAGGACAACGCCGACGUAAAGGGAUUAAAUCCAUUCGAAUGUCACGCGUUUGUCUGUGAAUCCAGGAAUGCCGCAAGACGACUUACAUACUCACUAGCAGCGGCGUUUCAAGAUUAUUCUAGAAGAGUUAAGGAAAUGCAGGCUGCCCCAGAAUUAGAUGAGAGGCCGCCAAAUUUAAAGAAACGAUUCGCAAUAGACCUGAGGACACCUGAAGAGAUAGAAGCUGACUUCGAAACGGAGGCCUAA